UCCUAGAGUGAAUCACUCAACCAAUCUACAUAAAGCACUGAAGCAAAGUCAUGCCUUAAAUAGAGGUCAGAUCCCUAUACUCAACAUGUGGCAAAGAACUGCUCUCAACAAAAUGUGACUGAUUUCUCUGGUUAUCUGCUCCUUUAUUGCAUUCACACUUCAGGGGUCACAGUCCUCAGCACCUGUAGUGGAUACUGAAUAUGGAAAAGUCCAAGGCAAACAAUUGAUAAUGAAAGGGUUUGACAAACCUGCCAAUGUUUUCCUGGGAGUCCCCUUUGCUAAAGCCCCCCUUGGACCUCUCAGAUUUGCUCCACCUCAGCCCCCUGAACCUUGGGACUAUAUAAAGAACAUUACUACAUACCCACCCAGGUGAUGGUAUGGAUCCAUGGAGGGGCUUUUUUGGGGGGUGAUGCUUCAUCUCUUGAUGGGACGUACCUCUCAGCUCUGGAGAAUGUUGUGGUGGUAGCUAUUCAAUACCGUCUGGGAAUCUUCAGAUUCUACAGCACUGGAGAUGAACAUGCCCGUGGGAACUGGGGUUACCUAGACCAAGUGGCUACACUCCAGUGGGUCCAGAAAAACAUUGCCAACUUUGGAGGAGACCCAAACUCAGUGACUAUCUUUGGCUCGUCUGCAGGAAGUAUCAGUGUUUCAGCACUGAUUCUUUCUCCUUUGACGAAAAAUCUCUUCCAUCGAGCCAUUUCUCAGAGUGGAGUUGCCCUCAUGGAAUCCCUGUUCAGUUCUAACAUCAAAUUAACAGCUGAGAAAAUUGCAGCCUUUGCUGGGUGUAAGACAACCACUUCAGCCAGCAUGGUUCACUGUCUGUGGCAGAAGACAGAAGAAGAGAUUCUGAACACAACUCAACAGCUGGAAUUAUUCAGCUUGGAUUUUCUGGGAGAUCCUACACAGAAAAUUUUUUUACCACCUAUAGCUGUGGAUGGAGUAUUUUUCCCCAAAAGUCUCAAAGAGCUCCUUGCUGAAAAGCAGUUCAAUCAUGUCCCCUAUAUUGUGGGAGUCAACAACGAUGAAUUUGGCUGGAUUUUUCCAAAGCUCCUGGGAUAUCCUUUUUCAGGAGAUACACUGGAUCAAGAGACAGCAACAUCUCUAUUAUGGAGUUCUUAUCCAUUUCUUAAAAUCCCCAAAAAUCUUACGCCUGUGAUAACUAAGAAGUACCUGGAAAUGACAGAAGAUCCUAUCAAAAAGAAAGGCCUAUUUCUGGACAUGUUGGGAGAUUUGACAUUUGUGAUUCCAUCUAUAAUAGUAGCUCAAUUUCACAGAGCUUCAGGUGCACCUACAUAUAUGUACCACUUUCAGCAUCGACCAAGCUUUUGGGGAAACCUGAAACCAGUGACAGUAAAAGCAGACCAUGGAGAUGAAGUUAUCUUUGUCUUUGGGAUCCCAUUUCUAAAAGAGUUUCCUGGAAGAAGAGAAGCAACUUAGCAGGAAAAUGAUGAAAUAUUGGUCCAACUUUGCUCGGAAUGGAAACUCCAAUGGUGAAGGCCUAAUAAAGUGGCCUGUAUAUGAUCAGAGUGAAGAGUAUCUUCAAAUUGACAUUACCAUGAAGACAGACAAGAAGUUAAAGGAGAAAGAAAUGGCACUUUGGAUUGAGCUUUUGUCAGAGAAGUCAGUUGGUGUCAAAAGAGAUAUUACAGAACUAUAAUUUGAAAAGAUGCACUAUUUCUCUUCCACAAGAAGCUUCCAUAAAACUUGAGGAUAUCUUUCAAACUUGAGAUAGAGUCUUGUUAUUUUUUGGUGGGAGAACUUUUCAGCAUGAAAGUAAAAGAAACCAUAUGAGACCAGGGAUAAAUGAAACCAGGCAAACAUCAACAUGUUGGGCAAUUAUUGGGAGUUAGGAGCCCCGGAGCUCCUGCACAAGGAGACAUUAUGGUAUUUUUUGUUUGUUUUGUUUUGUUUUGAUUUUCAGAAUGUUGGCAUUUACCUAAUGUUAUAUUAAA